ACGUCAUCUGCGACCGCACGGCCACCCCGCUGGACGCCUUCCGCAUGAUGUCGGCCGCCCACUACUACCCCAAGCUCAUGAGCAUCAUGGGCAACGUGCUGCGCUUCCUGCCGGCCUUCGUGCGCAUGAAGCAGCUCAUCGAGGAGGGCUACGUGGGCGAGCUGCUGGUGUGCGAGGUGCAGGUGCACAGCGGCAGCCUGCUGGGCAAGAAGUACAACUGGAGCUGCGACGACCUGAUGGGCGGCGGCGGCCUGCACUCGGUGGGCACCUACAUCAUCGACCUGCUCACCUUCCUCACCGGCCAGAAGGCCGUCAAGGUCCACGGGCUGCUCAAGACCUUUGUGAAGCAGACCGACCACAUCAAGGGCAUCCGCCAGAUCACCAGCGACGACUUCUGCACCUUCCAGAUGGUGCUGGAGGGCGGGGUGUGCUGCACUGUCACCCUCAACUUCAACGUGCCCGGCGACUUCAAGCAGGACGUGACCGUGGUGGGCUCGGCCGGGCGCCUGCUGGCGGUGGGCACGGACCUGUACGGGCAGCGCAACGGGGCCCCGCAGCAGGAGCUGCUGCUGCAGGACGCCACGCCCGUCAGCAACUCCCUGCUGCCCGAGAAGGCCUUCAGCGACAUCCCGUCGCCCUACCUGCGCGGCACCAUCAAGAUGAUGCAGGCCGUGCGCCAGGCCUUCCAGGACCAGGACGACCGGCGCACGUGGGACGGGCGGCCGCUCACCAUGGCCGCCACCUUCGAUGACUGCCUGUACGCGCUGUGCGUGGUGGACACCAUCAAGAGGUCCAGCCAGACGGGCGAGUGGCAGAACAUCGCCAUCAUGACCGAGGAGCCCGAGCUGAGCCCCGCCUACCUGAUCAGCGAGGCCAUGCGACGCAGCAGGAUGUCCCUGCACUGUUAGCGCAGGCCUGGGGACCUGGGGGGGACGCAGGUGUUCGGCGUGGAGCCCAGAGAG